GUAACUCUUUACUGACUCAGUCAUGAGAGCAGUGACAGAUUUAGCAACUAGAAUAAGCCGAGCAUUGAUCUCCGCAUCCAAUCACCCGACUUGGACUCCGUCUAUCGAACAGACCCUUCAACGAAUUGGUUGUCGUGACUCACUGAGUCCCUCACUUGUUUCCCGAGUCAUCGACUCCUUCCCCUCCACUCAUCAUUCUCUUGCACUCGGCUUCUUCAACUGGGCUUCUCAGAAACCUGGAUUUUCCCACGAUUCAAUCUCCUAUCACUCAAUUCUCAAGUCUCUCUUGUGUUCCCGCCAAUUCAAUGGCAUCGAAUCCAUUUUAAAACAAGUCAAAGCUCAGAAACUCUCUCUUGAUUCCUCGGUUUAUCGCUCUACAAUUAGUUCUUUGAUCAAAGGAAAGAAAACCCAGAACGCAUUCCGGUUGUUUAAUGAAGUCAACUCGUUGAGUGCAGAACUUGGAUCCGAGUUAUGUAACUCACUUUUGGCUGCUUUAGUUUCGGAUGGGUACUUUGCUGAUUCCCUGAAAGUGUUUGAUGAAAUGUCUCGUAAAGGUAUUGUUUUUAAUACACUUGGGUUUGGUUUUUUUAUUUGGAGUUUGUGUAGAAAAGGUGAUUUGAGUAAAGUUUUGAGUUUAAUAGAUGAAGUUAAAGAGAAGAAUGCGUGGAAUGUUAAUGGAUCAAUUAUCGCAGUUUUGGUAGUUCAUGGACUUUGUUUCUCAUCAAGAGAAUCAGAGGCUUUUUGGGUAUUGGAUGAGUUGAGGACUAGAGAUUGCAAACCGGAUUUUAUAGCUUAUAGGAUUGUAGCUGAGGCGUUCACAACGAUUAACAAUGUGGCUGAGAGGGAGCUGGUUUUGAAGAAAAAGAGAAAGCUAGGGGUGGCUCCAAGGAGUAAUGAUUAUAGGGAGUUUAUCUUAGGGCUGAUCAUGGAGAAAAGGAUAAGUGAAGCAAGGGAUUUAGGUGAAGCUAUUGUGAGUGGGAAUUUUCCUAUUGAAGAUGAUGUUUUGAAUGGAUUGAUAGGAUCAGUUUCGAGGAUCGAUCCUGGUUCAUCAAUCAUGUUCUUGAAUCAUAUGGUUGAGAAAGGGAGACUGCCCACUUUGUCAACCUUGAGUAAUUUGAGUAAGAAUUUAUGCAAGCAUAGCAAGGGUGAUGAAUUGUGGGAAGUUUACCAGGUUUUGUCUUCUCAUGGUUAUUUCUUGGAUUUGGAGAGUUAUAAUGUGGUGGUUUCAUUAUUGUGCAGGGCUGGGAGGUUAAGAGAGGCUUAUAAGGUUCUUCAGGAGAUGAAGAUAAAAGGGUUAGCCCCAAAUGUCUUAUUUUACAACCAUCUUAUGGAAGCAUGUUGUAGAGAAGAUUUAGUGCGUCCUGCUAAAAGGCUAUGGGAUGAAAUGUUUGCAAAUGGGUGCCCGGGAAAUUUGAGUACUUACAAUAUCCUCAUCGGAAAGCUCUCACUGGUAGGGGAAGUUAAAGAGGCUGUGCAUCUUUUUCGUCUUAUGGAAGAGAAAGGCAUAAUGCCGGAUGCUACGACUUAUAUGACCCUUCUUGAAGGACUUUGUCAAGAAUCAGAUUUUAAAUCUGCUUUUGAAAUCUUCAAUAAAUCUGUUGAGCAGGAUGUGAGGCUUGGACAAACAAUAUUGAGCACUUUUGUCAUGCAUCUCUGCAGAACAGGUCAGUUUCUUGUUGCUUCCAAGUUGCUGUGUGUUCUAAAUUCUGAUAUAGCACAUUCAGAUGCCCAUGUUGUUUUGCUGAAAUGGUUAGCUGAUGCUAAAGAGAUUCAACUCGCGAUUAAUCACACACAACGGGUUCGAGAAACCUCGCCUUCGACAUUACAAGCUAUAUUAAGCAAACUGGGUGCAUCUGUUUCUCCCACUUCGAGAUCGGGUUCUAUAAAUCAGUUGCUUUAUACAAUAAAGAAGAAAGGUCCGGUGGAUUGCAACAUCUACAAGUAAGAGCAAGUAUAUGCUUUGGAACUCCACACUAGAAUUUAACAAUAGCAAAAUCCAUUGAGAUAUACAGCUGUUAGCAUU